AAGUUAGAAGCGGUAAUUCCGGAAUUGUCGACCUUGGCAUCGUUCCGAGUUGUUAUUCGUCUUAAAUUCGUGGAACUUUGUGUUCUCAGUCAAUCCCAAACUGACGGGAAGACUAUAUCCAAAGGGGUUGAUAAUCCCGGCACGACCCUUUUUGAUCGUCUUUAGAGCAAUUUUAAAGUUAGUAGACUGUUUGGUGUUAGCAACUACUUGGUCGUAUUCACGAAUUAACUACCAGUUAAACUAGUUUAAAUAGGUUCCUGAAGUAAACCAGGUUAAUUAAUUAUGUCCUACGGUAGUCUCUGUUAUUUUUCGCUUUUUUUGUUUGUUGAAUUACUCCAGAAGCUGUCACUUAUCGUGAUCAUAGUUCCCCUUGGAUUUAUUUUGAUAUGUUGCUUUUCCCUUAUCUACGCUUUUGAUGUAACAUCAUCCGCUCAUAAAAUAUUUUGUGCCACAAAUACGUAAUUGUGUUAUCUUUUUGGUGUUUUUAAACUUUAGUUUUUAUAUGUUUAGCUGUAGUUUAUUCAUUUACCGUUUGAAAGUUACUCGUCGGUUUAUAAAUUAACCCUCAAUAAUUUUUCCGUCUUCAAUAAAUUCAUUUUCAUUACUUUCAUUCUACCUUAAUAAAUGUUAUACAUUCGUCGCACUAAUUGAUCUUGGUCACAACUCUCUCUGUGCUAAACUUGUUUUAGAUGGAUGUGGCUAAGCUUUUACACUUAAACAAUGAGAAACAGGCUAUCCUUUUGCAACUGUCUGUGGUGUGUGUCGCUGCUAUUUUAGCUUUUGCUGUUAGAUUGUACUCUGUUAUUCGUUUCGAAUCUGUUAUUCAUGAAUUUGAUCCUUAUUUUAAUUAUCGAACUACACGUUUUAUGACUGAGAAUGGAUUUUACCAAUUUCAUAAUUGGUUCGAUGAUAUGGCAUGGUAUCCACUUGGAAGGAUUAUUGGAGGUACAAUUUAUCCUGGUCUUAUGAUGACAUCGUCUUUUAUAUACUCACUACUUCAUGCUAUAAAUGUUACCAUGGAUAUACGAAACAUAUGUGUAUUUUUGGCACCUUUGUUUUCAAGUUUUACAACUUUAGCAACCUUUUUACUGACAAGUGAGAUUCAGGACACUAGUUCUGGCCUAAUAGCUGCUGCUUUGGUUGCAAUUGUACCUGGUUACAUUAGCCGAUCAGUUGCAGGUUCUUAUGAUAACGAAGGAAUCGCCAUAUUCUGCAUGAUAUUUACGUUCUAUCUGUGGAUUAAAGCUGUUAAAACCGGUUACUUGUUCUGGGCUUGCGCUUGCAGCUUAGCGUACUUUUACAUGGUUUCUUCCUGGGGUGGUUACGUAUUUUUAAUAAACAUCAUACCUAUUCAUGUAUUAAUGCUCAUGCUUACUGGGAGAUUUUCAAGUCGUGUUUACUCUGCCUACUCUACUGUCUACGUUCUAGGCACUAUACUGUCAAUGCAGAUUAGUUUUGUUGGCUUCGCUCCUAUAAUAUCCAGUGAACAUAUAGGAGCUCUCGGGGUGUUUGGAUUAUGUCAACUUUUCUCCUUUUAUACGUACCUUCGUGGGGCUUUAUCUUCUGAACAACUGUCAAUAGUUUUGCGUGUUUUUGGUUUAUCAUUGUUUGGUAUAUCGUUGAUUGGUGGUUCUGUGUUGUCUGCUACAGGAAAAAUAUCACCUUGGACUGGACGAUUCUAUUCUCUGUUGGACCCAACUUAUGCCAAGAAUCAUAUCCCAAUCAUUGCUUCUGUAGCUGAGCAUCAGCCGACCGCUUGGAGUUGUUAUUAUUUCGAUCUUCAUUUCUUAACGGUAAUGUUUCCUGUGGGUUUAUACUAUUGCUUCCGGAAAUUGACAGAUGCUAGUAUCUUUGCAAUAAUAUAUGGCGUUACAAGCGUUUACUUUUCGGGUGUUAUGGUUCGGCUUAUCUUAGUAUUAGCACCAAUAAUGUGUAUUUUGGGUGCAAUUGGAGUUUCUGGAAUUUUGAAAUCAUUUUCAGUUAAUCUUAAUGUACCAGAUAGUCAAAGUACGAAAACACCAAGUAAACUUACCGCAGCUAAUGGAUAUCCAUCUAUUCCAAAUAGUAAUAAACUUUAUAAAAAUACAGUCCAAGACUCUACUUAUCCGUUCAAAAAUACAGUAGCUUCAUUUAUGGUUCUGCUUAUAUUAUUUCUGUUAAUACUAUUCACUAGGCAUUGUAUAUGGGUUAUAUCGUCGUCAUAUUCUCAUCCAUCGAUUGUGUUAGAAACUGUAGAUGGUUUUGGUAAUCGUCAUAUAUUAGAUGAUUAUAGAGAAGCAUAUUAUUGGCUUAGAGAGAAUACAAAGGCUGAUGCUAAAGUUAUGUCUUGGUGGGAUUAUGGCUAUCAGAUUACUGCUAUAGCUAAUCGAACUGUGCUUGUGGACAAUAAUACAUGGAAUAAUACUCAUAUUGGUCGUGUAGGUCAAGCUAUGGCAUCAUCUGAAGAGGAAGCUUAUGAAAUUAUGAAAGAAUUAGAUGUUGACUAUGUACUGGUUAUUUUCGGUGGUGUACUGGGGUACAGUUCUGAUGAUAUCAAUAAAUUUAUCUGGAUGGUACGUAUAGCUGGUAGUACAGAAAAAGGUCGUCAUGUACAUGAGAAUGAUUACUAUUCACCGCAAGGUGAAAUGCGUGUAGAUGAUAGAGCUAGUCCUACCAUGCAGAACUGUUUACUGUACAAACUUAGUUAUUAUCGAUUCUGGGAAAUGAAAACUGAUAAAACUAAGCCACCUGGAUUUGAUCGUGUACGUGGUCAAGUAAUUGGGCAUCGAAAUUAUGAACUACAUGGUUUAGAGGAAGCAUUUACUUCUUCCAGUUGGCUUGUACGAAUAUUCCGGGUAAAAUCAUAUGCAAAUCGAGGAGUUAACUAAUUUUUGUAUUUUCUUUUUCAAAAUAUAUGUUUAUAUAUAAAGGAU